UUACCCGGAUCUACCGCAGCAGACAUUGCUGCGGCUGCGGCUCCUCCCUGCGCUUUUAUCGCCUUAUAACAGGAUCUCUCACUGGCGCGAAAAGCGCACUGUGGGGCUUUCUAUUGUGAGGCGGGCGGGUCUACGGCGUUUGUUGUCUGAUGUUUCCUCUCUCUCUUUGGGACUCAAGAGUCGCGUUUCUUUCAUAGUAAACUGAACCAGAUUCGCAAACAGCGUCUUCUCCUGCUGCUUUGCGAUCGAUGGUGUCAGCUUCUUGCGAUUUCAUCCGCCGACACGGGCGGCUUUUGAUGUGCUGACCUGCGCGUCUGGAACCUGCAGAGAUCCGGAUCUACUUCCUCUCUGGGAUUAAACGUGGAUAUUUUCUUUUUUUUUUAUCAGCCUCAACAUGGAAUUUGAUUGUUUCCAGUCGUAUUUUUUCCACGACUUGGACACCGAGGAGGAUUUCUACAAGUCCACUGCGCCCAGCGAGGAUAUCUGGAAAAAGUUCGAGCUGCUGCCCACCCCUCCCAUGUCCCCCCACCGGACCCUGAGCGACGCGGCCCUGCACCUCUCCCCGGGGGACAAGCUCAGCUGGCUGUCCAAGGUGCUGGGGCAGGACGAGGACUGCGAGGGUCCGUUCACGCCCGACCCCGCGGAGCUUUUCGACAACCUCAGCGCCCACAUCAUCCAGGACUGCAUGUGGAGUAGCUUCGGGAAAGUGUCCGGGGUGGCGGCGCAGAGCCCGGCGCCCCAGCAGAUCUCGGUGCGGGCCACCAAGGCGCAGUGCGCCUCUGCGGGCGGUCUCCUCUCCGCCGCCACGGACUGCGUCGACCCCGCCGCCGUCCUCACCUUCCCCGCCAGCAGCUGCAGGAAGCCGGCGUCGUCUGGCUCGGAGUCUCGCUCCGAUUCCUCUGAUGACGAGGAAGAGAUCGACGUGGUCACCGUGGAGAGCAAGCAGAGCCGGGUGCGGCUGCUGAGCGGGAGGAAACCGGUCACCAUCAGGGUCCGCGCGGACCCCUGCCCCAAAAGCUUUCACGUGUCCGUCCACCGGCAGCAGCACAACUAUGCAGCCCGCUCGCCGGACAGCGACCCGGAGGAGGAGGACGAGGAGGAGGAGGACGACGACGACUAUGAAGAGGAGCCUCUGAGCAAGCGCGCCUGCACGACGUCCCACCAGCUGCCGCCCUCCCCCUCGGACACCCCCCUGAACUCGGACGCGGAGGACACUGACCGGAGGCGAAACCACAACUUCCUGGAGAGGAAGCGGAGGAACGACCUCAGAUCCCGCUUCACCGCCUUGCGGGAUCAGAUCCCCGGCCUGGAAUCAGCCAAGGCCCCCAAGGUGGCCAUCCUGACCCAGGCGACGGACUACCUGGAUGAGCUGCAUAUAAAGGAGAGACGGCACCUGCAGGAGAAGAAGCGCCUCAGAUCAAGGCAGCAGCAGCUGCUCCGCAGAUUGUCUGAACUCAAACGCUCCUGAGACUCAAUAAUAUCUGCCUCGACAACAGCAAAUAACUUUUACCCUCAGAAAACAAUUACUUGUCACUUUCAAAAAAAAAAAAGCUAUUCUUUUAUAAUCGCAACUUUUCGUGUGUAAAUAGCUGUGUAUUAUGUUCUGAAAGAAAUCAUAUGGCUAUGGGCUUCCUGUCGAAUCCAAUGCCACGCCCUCCAAACCCGUUAUUGGGAGGAGCAGUUUGCUACAAAAUGUUUUUUCUUUGCACAGUUUUAAACGAUGGGUCAUAAUUGUUUUUUUAUUGCUAUAGCAAAUCUAUUUGCAGGUAUGCUGUGAUGAGAAAUCGUUUAGAUUUAACAAACGUUUUAAAGCAGUCAUGACGCGUAAAGAAAAUAAAUCAUGUUUUCAUUUCAUCAUUGCACAUUAAAUAUGUGUGAAUGCCUUUGUGUUUGCAAGCGUGAAUGAAUAAUGACUUGAUGUACAAAUCAUUUUGUAAAUAAUAGCAUAUUUCUCCAGGUAAAGGAGACAAAGCCAGGGAUUCUUACAAAUUUUUGCUCCUCUGUGCCACAAGACAUCUAUUUUUUAAUAAAGUUGGAAAAUAACAAAAAAAAAGGAAAUAAGUAGCACCGCUGUACUUUAUAUUCACACGUCACUUUGUGAUAUCCAGGCUUCUCUGAUUGUUGUUUUUGUUUUUUUUAAAGCAUGAUAACCUCAAAGCUUCAUUAAAUUUUUAUACCAUAUUUGCAUACAAA